UUUUCUUCUGCAGUACGCCCUUCAGUCAAUGUGUAUACCGAGUUUCCUGAACAACAAGGAAAAGUAAACGUGCUUUACUGCUAUGCCACUGGGUUUUACCCUGGUGACAUUGAAGUAAACUUUUAUCUAAAUGGCCAAAAGUCCACUGUGAAAGCAAAGACCUCUGACUUAAUGUAUGGGGAAGACUGGACCUUCAGAGUGUACAAGUAUAUGAAUAUCACCCCACAGUAUGAAGACAAAUACACAUGUGAAGUGAGACACAGUAGUAUGGUUGAACCUAAAAUGACAGAGUGGAGGCCUGAAUUUUCAGUAUCCACAUCACCUCUCUACUGGACUUAUUCACUACCUCUCAGCAUCCUGUUGGGCAUCAUGGUAUCAGUCCUGAUUUUAAGAAGAAAAUGCCGUUCUCAGUUAUAAUGGUGCUUUGAAAGACUAAACUGCAGCAUAUAUGUGCAUCUGUGAAUUUUGUUGCUUAUAUCCUCCUGGGACCCAGGCAUAGACCUCUGUAGUGGACAUUAUAAUUGAGUGAAUUUCUCUACAUGCCACAUUUAGGUCUGGAUGUCCUGUUCAGAGCACAUUCAGGGCUUUUCAGAGAUACUAAAUGUUUGGAGGUUUGAUUAUAAAC